GGUUUAUGAUAGACCCCAGCUGAGAGGCUCUCCGUCUAUAGCCCACCUCUCCUAGGGUUUUAUGUCCAUACUUCUCCAACACUCAAAACAAUUAUUUGCUCUUCAUACAAAUCAUAUCCAAUCAAAAAUGAGCGUCGCUGCUUCUAUAUCCUCCAUCGCCACCGUUGGUUUCCCCAAUUGCCGCCGUCACUGCUUUCGCGCCUCACCAUCUCUCUCGCUUCGGAUAAUGGCCCAAUUCUCCUCCUCCUCCUCCGCCACGUCUACGCCGCCUUCCAGCUCCGAAGCGGCCGCCGUGGAACCCAAGAAACCGCCCAAGCUGCCGUGGCUCAUUGUCGGACUCGGAAACCCCGGCAAGAAGUACAGCAGCACCCGCCACAAUGUGGGUUUCGAGAUGGUGGAUGCUAUAGCCGAAGCUGAAGGGAUAGCUUUGAGCAGUGUUUCUUUCAAAGCCCUUGUUGGGAAAGGAUUUAUUGGGGAUGCCCCGGUUAUAUUUGCCAAACCGCAAACUUACAUGAAUAAAAGCGGUGAGUCUGUUGGAGCCAUCGUCUCAUAUUACAAAAUUCCAUUGCAGCAAGUACUUGUGAUCUUUGACGAUCUGGAUCUGCCAUUCGCAAAAUUGCGGCUGUUGCCAAAGGGUGGACAUGGAGGACAAAAUGGGAUGAGAAGUAUAAUUGAUCAUUUUAAAGGAAGCCGUGACUUUCCACGUUUGAGAAUCGGCAUUGGGCGGCCUCCUGGGAAAAUGGACCCUGCCAACUUUGUUCUUCGUCCCUUUACUAAACAAGAACGUGAAGAGUUAGAUUUUACACUUCAACAUGGCAUAGAUGCGGUGCGGAUUCUCUUGCUUGAAGGGUUCAAUAAAGCGGCAACGUUUGUUAACACAGCGAAACCCUUGGAGCAAUGUGGUUAAUUGCUCUUCAGGAGUUCAGGUUGCAAGCUUUGGUUACCCUGAGAAGCAGAAUAUUACAUUUAGACUUCUCAUUUGGGUAAAUCAUCAUCCAUUUCAUCGUUCCCUCAAGGUUUUUUAUCUCACAGUGCUACACUGAAGACUUAUACAGAACCCGUUCGGGAAUUUGCAAGCAUUUACAUUCUUUGACAGAGAAGCUGCGGCUAUACUUCGUAAUAACAUUCUAGAACAACAGAAAUCCAAUGAUGUGGUUCUCAAUUUUCCCUUACAUUUCUGGCUCCAGCAAUUUAUAUCAUCUGUAUGAACGUUUUACUUUGUCAUAAUCUUUGUAUAAAUAAAGAGGUUCAAAUCAUGCUGUUAGCAAA